GUCCACACGUCAUCCUUCCAAGAGCUGCAGCCAUGAAAGCUCUUCUGGCCAUCACCUUUCUCUGCCUCCUCGUUGCUGUGAAUGAAGCCAAAGUGUUUGAGAAAUGUGAGCUGGCUUCAAUUCUGAAACGGCAUGGAAUGGAUGGCUACUAUGGCUACAGCCUGGGCAACUGGAUCUGCAUGGCUUAUUACGAGAGCAGAUUCAACAGCAGGGUUGUGGGGCCAACAAACAGCAAUGGCAGUCGUGACUAUGGGAUUUUUCAGAUCAACAGCCGCUGGUGGUGUUCCAAUGGACAAGGCAGAACAGCGAACGGAUGCAAAAGCUCCUGCAGUGCUUUCACAGAUGACAACAUCACAAACGAUAUCCAAUGUGCAAAGAGAAUUGUCCAAGACCCCAACAGGAUGGAUGCCUGGGUAGCAUGGAGGAAAUAUUGCAAAGGAAAAAAUCUCUCAAGCUGGACCCGUGGCUGCAAGCUCUGAAUCUGAUGGUCUUGACUCUCCUGUAUCGAUUGAUACUUCUGAUUAGCUUUCAGCUGUUCUUCCCCCCUCCAUGGACAUUUAUUUGCAUUGUGCAUCUUAGCAGAAUGCAGAAUGGCC